AGAUCACAACUAACACUUUUAAAUGAAGAGACAGAGAAAAGAUAUGGAGGAAGAAGGGACUGAUGAUGAUGAUCACUCAUUGGCUGCUGCAGCCAUGGCGGUUGCGGUUGCUGCAGCGGCGGCAACAGCGGCGGAAGAGGAGGAGCAAUGUUGGGGCGGUGGAGUGGUGGAGGAGAUGACGUGGAGCUCUGUGUGGUUGCCUUUUUGGGACGUUGAGUUCGUGGGAAGAAACUAUGGUGUCUUGUUCAAUGAUGUUGUAUGGAACGAUGAUAUUUGGAACAUCCACAAUCUAACUCAUUCCUCAUAGUCCUUAACUUUUUGUUGUGUACGAAAAAAUAAUCGGGUUAUAGUUCC